UGCACCGGCCCAGGGCGAAGGGCAGCGUGGCGCGGCCCCAGCGGCAGCGGCCGUCCCGACGCGCCGGGCUCUCAGCGCCAGGACGGAGCCCGCCCCAAACGCGCCGCAGAAGUUUGUCUGCCGGGGCUGCCGUAGGGACGCGCCCUGCGCAUGUGCGUCCGUUGGCGUCCGGGAGUGCGAGGAGUCCGCGGGCAGGGGCUCGUGGCGUGUCUCCGGGGCGCCCCGCCAUGAAGUCCCGCUUCAACACCAUCGACAUCCGGGCGGUGCUGGCCGAGCUCAGGGACAGCUUAUUGGGAAUGAGAGUAAACAAUGUCUAUGAUGUGGAUAAUAAGACGUAUCUUAUUCGCCUUCAAAAGCCAGACUAUAAAGCUACACUUCUAAUUGAAUCUGGUAUACGGAUUCACACAACAGAGUUUGAGUGGCCAAAGAAUAUGAUGCCAUCUGGAUUUGCAAUGAAGUGUCGUAAGCAUUUAAGGAGUAGAAGACUUGUCAGUGUAAAACAGCUGGGGAUAGACAGAAUUGUAGACUUUCAAUUUGGAAGCGAUGAAGCAGCCUAUCAUCUCAUUGUUGAGCUUUAUGACAGAGGAAACAUUGUUCUGACAGACUAUGAAUACUUAAUUUUAAACAUCCUGAGGUUUCGCACAGAUGAGGCAGAUGAUGUCAAAUUUGCAGUUCGGGAACGGUACCCAGUUGAUAACGCUAAAGCACCUGCACCAUUACCUACCUUGGAAAGGUUGACUGAAACAAUAUCAAAUGCACCUAACGGGGAACUCCUAAAAAGGGUCCUUAACCCACAUCUUCCUUAUGGAGCCACACUCAUUGAGCACUGCCUUAUAGAAGCUGGAUUGUCUGGUAAUGCCAAAGUAGAUCAACAGAUGGGAAGCAAAGAAAAUAUUGAAAGGGUACUUGCUGCUUUACAGAAGGCAGAAGAAUAUAUGAAGAUAACUAACAACUUUAGUGGAAAGGGUUAUAUCCUCCAGAAACGGGAGAAAAAGCCAAGCCUGGAGCCAGAUAAACCUGCAGAAGAAAUCCUCACAUAUGAGGAAUUUCAUCCUUUCUUGUUUUCUCAACAUCUAAAGUGUCCGUACAUGGAAUUCGAAUCAUUUGAUAAGGCAGUGGAUGAAUUUUACUCCAAGCUAGAAGGUCAGAAGAUUGAUUUGAAAGCUUUGCAACAGGAAAAACAAGCACUGAAGAAGCUGGAAAAUGUUCGUAAAGAUCAUGAGCAUAGACUAGAAUCUCUUCAUCAAGCUCAGGAAAUUGAUAAGGUAAAAGGAGAACUCGUAGAAAUGAACCUGGACAUAGUUGACCGAGCUAUCCAGGUGGUUCGCAGUGCCUUAGCCAACCAGAUAGACUGGACUGAAAUUGGAGCAAUUGUAAAAGAAGCUCAGGCUCAGGGAGACCCUGUUGCGAGUGCAAUCAAAGAAUUAAAGCUUCAGACAAAUCAUAUCACAAUGCUACUAAAAAACCCAUAUGUAUUAUCGGAGGAGGAGGAAGAUGACGAAGCUGAUCAUUGGAAAGAAGUUGAAGAACCAAAAGGGAAGAAGAAAAAGCAUAAAAAUAAACAGCUGAAGAAACCUCAGAAAAACAAGCCAUUGUUGGUUGAUGUUGAUCUCAGUUUGUCUGCAUAUGCCAAUGCUAAAAAAUAUUAUGAUCAUAAGAGACAUGCAGCCAAAAAAACACAGAAGACAGUAGAAGCUGCAGAGAAGGCAUUCAAAUCAGCAGAAAAGAAGACAAAGCAAACAUUGAAAGAAGUUCAAACAGUUACCACCAUUCAGAAAGCAAGAAAGGUUUAUUGGUUUGAGAAGUUCCUGUGGUUUAUUAGCUCUGAAAAUUACCUCAUUAUAGCUGGAAGAGAUCAACAGCAGAAUGAAAUGAUUGUGAAGCGAUAUUUGAAAUCAGGAGAUAUAUAUGUGCACGCUGACCUACAUGGUGCAACUAGCUGUGUAAUCAAGAAUCCUACAGGUGAGCCGAUCCCUCCCCGGACCCUGACUGAGGCAGGCACCAUGGCGUUAUGUUACAGUGCUGCCUGGGAUGCUCGUGUCAUCACUAGUGCCUGGUGGGUCUGUCACCACCAGGUGUCUAAAACAGCACCAACUGGAGAAUAUCUGACUACAGGGAGCUUCAUGAUAAGAGGGAAAAAAAACUUUCUUCCACCUUCAUAUCUUAUGAUGGGGUUUAGCUUCUUAUUUAAGGUGGAAGAAUCUUGUGUCUGGAGACACAGAGACGAACGAAAAAUCAAAGUGCAGGAUGAGGACAUGGAGUCUGUGACCAGUAGUACCAAUGAACUGGUGUCAGAAGAAGUGGAGCUACUAGAAGAAGCACCAGAAGGAGAUGUUAGCAGCACUGAUGAUGAGAAGGCACUGCCUCAAGAAAUGCCUGAUGGUAUUGAAGUCAGGUCUAACAGUAACCCUGAGGAGGACGUUGCUCAUGCAGACAAGGAUGGAAUAAACAAACCACCAGCACAAGAGGGAACCUCUGAAGAUGAUGAUGUAGAAUCUGAAGAAGAGGCUGAAGGUCAAGAGCUGAUGAGUGAAGUGAAGGAGGAAGAGAUAAAUUAUCCAGACACUGCAAUUGACCUGUCACAUCUUCAGCCACAAAGUCUUCACAGAUCCCACCAGAAAAUGGUUACAAAAGAGGAAGCAUCUAACCUGAGUGACAGUAAGUCACAGGGGCGAAGACACUUGUCAGCCAAGGAGAGAAGGGAAAUGAAGAAAAAGAAGCAGCAACAUGACAUAGAGGAUUUAGAACCACCUGAAGGAAAAGAAAGAGAGACCAGCACACAGCUCCCAUCUUCUCCUGUUUCAAACAAGAGCAUGUCAGCCCCUCUGCCCAUGAAACGAGGGCAGAAGAGUAAAAUGAAAAAAAUGAAAGAGAAGUACAAGGACCAGGAUGAAGAAGACAGAGAGCUCAUAAUGAAGCUAUUGGGUUCUGCAGGGUCAAGCAAAGAAGAAAAAGUGAAGAAAGGUAAAAAAGGAAAAAUAAAAGAAUCAGUAAAGAAACAAGCCCAGAAACCAAACAAUGGCCAUCAGGUUGAUGCAGGUCGUAAAGAAGAAACCCCCACAGUAGAAGUAUUAACACAUGAGUUACAGGACAUGGCGCUGGAAGAUCAGCAGGAGGAGAAGGAGGAACAGGAUCUAGAACAACAGGAAAAUGAGGAAGGAGAGAGACUGCUAAAUUCUUUGACAGGCCAGCCUCACUCGGAGGAUAUCCUCCUCUUUGCUAUACCAAUAUGUGCACCUUACACUACCAUGACAAACUAUAAAUAUAAAGUGAAGCUCACUCCAGGCACCCAGAAGAAAGGAAAAGCUGCCAAGACUGCUUUGCAUAAUUUCAUGCAUUACAAAGAAGCUACCACAAGAGAAAAAGACUUAUUUCGCAGUGUAAAGGAUAAUGAUUUAUCAAGAAAUAUUCCUGGUAAAGUGAAAGUGUCUGCACCUAAGCUCCUGAACAUGAAAAAGAAGUGAGUGUUGGUUGUAAAUCAUGAAUAUGUGUUUGAACUGCCACUACUGCUUCAGAAGAAGAUAGUGACAAACCUGCCAUCUGGACCUCUUCCAAUUUUGCUGAUAAAGUAAAAUAGCUAUAAUCAGUUGGACUAAAUUUAAGAGCCAGAGGUGAACUGUUUCCUGCAUCUGACCCUGGCCUAGAAAUAUUUGUAUGGACUUUAAAUUACAUGUAGCAUGUAACUCCUCUGAAGUGCACAAGUAAAGUACUACUGGCCUUUGCUGUCAAAGGCAAGACUGAUCCUCUUUCUAAUGCUGUGAGGACUGGCACAGACCCAGUCCCUUCUCUCAUUACUUCCUGCUCUAGCUUAUGCUGCAGCAAAGUCCUGUUGCUUGUUCUUUUCAGUUCUCCUUUAAACAUACUACCCUGUUUAGAGCCCCCUUUCUAGUCAGGACAUUGACAGUAUUAAUCUGCUCCCACUUAGCAGUACCAUAUUUGAGAAAGAUUUGACUGUACAGGCUUUUGGUAAACAUUAUCAAUCUGUCAUAUGGUAAGAAAAGUCCUGCAAUGACAAAUUUAAAUCUUGCUUCUGACUAGUCAGCUGCAGUCACUUACUGGUAGUGGAGCAUUACCAUGCAACGUUAUGAAUGAAUGGGGAAUUGUCCAUAUUGUGGGGAUUUUAUAUGUACUAUACCUGUGAGCAGAGAAAAAACAAAGGCUUGAGUAAAACAGAUGAAUGAUGUAUAGCUUAAAAAUCACAGAUCUAAUAAAAUGCACCAAUACUGUUCACCCCAAUGGAGAGCAUAUAUGACAGCUAAUUAAAUUAGUCAGAAUAUUUAAUUUAUUAUAAAAAAGAAAUGAGACAGUAAGGGGAGUGCUGAAGUCAAUUUGUUGCAAUAUUUAAAUCACAAGCCAUUUAUUAGAUUCUCAACCCUCCACUGUAUCAGUGGUGGCCUAUGCCUCCUGGAGACAAUGAGCACAGAUAAGGCAGAGCCAGAAGGGCCUUAGUGCUGGUUGCUGCUCACAUACAAUCUACUUUCAGUAGUUUUAAAACUAGUGAAGCCGAACAGAGCCUGGCACCUGUUAGUCAUCAGCUUCACAGCAUGCAUGAAGCUCUGGAUCUAGAAGCUGCUGAAGAAAACAUUGAUGAUCAAGUCAUUCCUGGGAAACUGGCAGUUUGUGCUUUUGGCUACUCCUAGACAUGCAUGGUCCAGUUUGACACUUUACUAUUGAUUGACUAAAGCAUUUUCACAAUUAAGACAGAAUGCAUCUACUCACACUUACAGCUCUUAAAUAACCCCACAACAUUGACACUUAACCAUCCCUCUAUAUGUGUUUUUAAACAACUCAAACUAGACCUUAAAUUGGUGAGCUAAUCCCAGGACUAAAUCAGAAUAGCAGUUUCUCUAACCUUAAACUCAUGUGGCCAAAUAUGUUAACAUCUCACUGAUAGGAAUAAGACAGGUUCCUAAUACAGACUAAAACUACUCUAUCAUGUUGAAUAAUGAUAGAGAGGCAUUGUUUUUAAUAUUAAUGGUGUCCCAAAGAACAUUAGUGCCUGAAAAUACUUCUAGCAUUUGCCAAACUUUAAGGCCCAGAAAUUCAGCAACAACCCACAAAUCCUUGAAUGGUAACUCCUUAAACAGCAUUUCCCUGCAUUGACACACUCUGAAGUAAUUUAGGUUAGAGUAGUUUUCCUAUCGUCACAUAAUGAAGUGAGUGGCAUUAAGUUGAACAAACCGUUACUGGUUUAACUUAGCUUAGGCACUGAUACAUUUCAACUUGCAUUAAAUACAUUUAUUGCAAACAUCUUUACACAAAAAUAGGUUCUCUCUAAGCCAUUCACAUGCAACUUACAACCAACAAGCUACUACCAACGACAAUGCAGAUAUUUAUACAAGUCUCACAUCUGCCACAAGUGGUUGGUAAAAUUAUUACAUCUUUUAGAAUUGCUCAUCCAUGCAUACGUUGUUCACAGAAGUAAUUGAUAGUCUUAAGAGCCAGAUGUAUUGUUACUUCCAAACCGCUGAUUGACACUGUGAAGCAAGUGCUUUGGGAGGCAGGUCCAUGAGUUGGCUAAUAUCUCUUUGAAGCAAAUGACUGCUUCUAGGCACAGCCUUGGAAAAAGAAUGAAUAUUUCAGUUACUAUUAAAAACUGAAGUGAAAUAGCACCAAAGGUAAGAAUUCUGUUUCUUAAAGCUGUUUAGUUAACUUGUUCCCCCCAAAAGUAUUAGCUGUUUUCAUUAUAAUCCUCUGACAAAGUCUUUACACAAGAAUGGAAGCAGCAAGACUCCUUCCAUUACUGAAUGCUACUUCAGUUUUCCUUGGGGAAUGUUAUUAACUCAGUCUCCCAAGUAUGCCUAGGAACCGUGAUCUGGUACUAAAGUUUAUGUAAUCAAAGUACAAGGUAUUAGUAAAUGAGAAGGGAAGAACAAGGGUGUUAGAUUCAAAAGUGUUUUUUUUUACCUUACAAGAGAUUUUGGUUGCAGAGAAAACACAAGUAUCUCAUUACUAUGAGCCUGGAAAGAGAGAUGUUAAUUAAUAUUUGAAGCCUUAUUGUUAAAUGCAUUGAUAAGUUAAUUCCUUAAAAAGCAGCAAAAGUUUCUCCUUUUAAACAGUGAAAUUUUCCUGUGGCAUUGAAAGUCUUAGUCACUGAUGACAGAGAAAUGCGUUUCACAAUUGGAGGUUGCAGUUGAAGUGACGGAUGCUAAGGGAGGAGGGGGGGUCUCACUUAAAAAAAAAUUCUCCACACAGCAGUACUAGAAAUUCUUAAAAACAGACUUACUGCUUUGUGAUGGGCAAGCAAGUUGUUGGCACAGCCACCAAAAACAAUGACCUCUCCUUCUUCACUUGCACAAGCUGUAUGCCACAGCCUAUAAAAGGAACAAGCCACACAUUUAUUAAGGGGAAGAGUCCAAGUACAGCAUUAAUACUAUUACAGAGAAGUGCUGUGAAAUAAGAUGUAAUAUUUAUAUGCAAGGUCGAUGCAGACAGCUUAUUUUAGGCAUAUAAUAAUUCCUAGCAAAAGUAAACUGACUUCAGUGGCUAAGUUACCAUUCUUUGUACACAAACCAUAUUAGAGAUAUCUACUCUGUAAGUUGUCUGGGUGGAAAAGCAAAGUACUGCGGAGUGGUUCUAAGGUCUGAUGACAGGCCCUCAUGAAGUUCAUCUUUUGAAAGUAAACUUAAAAUUUACAGUAAUCCUAGUUUUGGUAGCUGAAGGGUUUGUGAAGAAAUAUUGUUUGAAGGUAGAGCAUUCUAUUUUUUUAAAUCAAGCCAAUCAUAUCAGAGGCUUCCAGUUUUUGAGAGCCAGAGGAAACAGUUACAAUAAGAUUCUCCAAACAAUGAGACAAGGUGAACCCUCACCAUCCACACUAUCACAGUCCACCUGCUGUCUAACUCAUAUUACCGAUACACCUUAGCUGCCUUAUAGUACUUAAGUCAAAUUUCAGUGUUUUUAAUCAAGCAUCUGAAAACAUGUUAUUUAAAUUUCAACAUAACUAUUUAAGGCAGGUUUCUGAACCCUGCAGGAAGAUCAAUUGUAAGAAGGGUGCUUGGGUUUGGACAAAGGUUAGCUCUAGUAGAUUACUACAAUCUGACUACAGAAUUUUGCACAGUGAAGAAAGAGUACUUUCCCAUAUUGCCCUUCCUAAAAGAUUAGCCUUAAAUUAACUAGCUAUAGUAUGCUCAGGGCUGACCACCACGUAUGAAUUAUGAUACUGGAUCAGACCAGUGGUCCAUUCAGUCUGGUAUCUUGCAGCUGUGGUCAGUACUAGACACGUCAGUAAAAGAUACAAGUAGUGCCAUACUAAGCAAGUUAUCCUAUACCUGUCCCAUCAGUUGAGGCUGGCUUAUGCCCAGAAGCAUUAAGGUUUUUCAUCAUUCUAAAACAUUUUAACAAAUGUGGGCUUGUCUACAUUACCGCACAGGGUCCAUCUAAGAUACGCAACUUCAGCUGCGUGAAUAACGUAGCUGAAGUCGACGUACUUGGAUCAACCUACUGCGGUAAGUCAACAGCUGACGCUCUCCAGUCGACUCCAGAGUUGAUGGGAGAGCACUCAGCAGUCGAUUUAUAGCGUCUAAAAUCGACCCUUGCCCGCUGAUCUAGCGCAUAGUGUAGACAAGGCCUGUGACUGUGCUUAGUUUAAUCCAUGAGUGCAAUCCAUGGAUCUCUGUCUCAGUUGCAACUUGUACCAACACGGACCACUUAUGCAAAAGAGUAUUUCCUUCUCUAAGUUUGUUACCUUCCACUUUUAUUUAAUGGCCCUUUGUUUUUAGUACAAUAAAGUGUAAGAGUACCCCUAUGCCUUCCCUA